GCCAGCCUUCUUUCAGCCUCUUUCGUGGUUAUUUGUGGCUCGUUCCCUUUCUCUGUCCUGAGCUGAUGUGUGACGGGCUCUACCUUCUGUGGCCUCUGCUCUGCCCCAGGAGGACAGCCUGGAGGAAGAAGGAAUGGCUCCUGCCCUGACAGCCAGGCCCGGAAAGGAGUCAGUGACAUUUAAGGACGUGGCUGUGGAAUUCACCCAGGAGGAGUGGGUACAAUUGAACGCAUCUCAGAAAAAGUUGUACAGAGAUAUGAUGCUGGAGAACUAUGGGAACUUGGUGUCUUUGGAGAGCAGAGAAUUUACUGGAGAUAAAACUCUUGAAUGUAAUGAAUGUGGGAAGGCCUUCCAAAGCAAGGAGCAUCUUGCUGUGCAUCAGACAGUUCAUACUGGAGAGAAACCUUAUACGUGCAGUGAAUGUGGGAAGGCCUUCAGAGAUAAGAGAAUACUUACUGUGCAUCAGAGAAUUCAUACUGGAGACAUUCUUUAUGAAUGUAAGGAAUGUGGGAAGGCUUUUCUCUACAACUCAGAACUUACUCAACAUCAAAAAACUCAUACAGGAGAGAAAACUUACGAAUGUAGUGAAUGUGGGAAGGCCUUCAGGAGCAAGACACAACUUACACAGCAUGAGAGAAUUCAUACUGGAGAGAAACCUCAUAAAUGUAGUGAAUGUGGAAAGGCCUUCAGGACUAACUCACAACUUAAAGUGCAUCAGAGAAUUCAUGCUGAAGAGAAACCUUAUGAAUGUAGUGAAUGUGGGAAGGCCUUCAGGAUUAAGAUAGAACUUUUACUGCAUCAGAGAAUUCAUACUGGGGAGAAACCUCAUAAGUGUAAUGUAUGUGGGAAGGCCUUUACUUUCAAGAGAUAUCUUACUCGACAUCAGACAAUUCAUACUGGAGAGAAACCUUGUGAAUGCAGUGAAUGUGGAAAGGCCUUCAGGAGGAAGACACAACUUACUGUGCAUGAGAGAAUUCAUACUGGAGAGAAACCUUAUGAAUAUAGUGAAUGUGGAAAGGCCUUCAGCAGGAAGUCACAGCAUACUGACCAUCAGAAACUUCAUACUGGACGCUUUCUUUAUGAAUGUAAGGAGUGUGGGAAGGGUUUCCUGUACAACUCAGACCUUAUUCGACAUCAAAGAAUUCAUACUGGAGAGAAACCUUAUGAAUGUAGGGAAUGUGGGAAGCGCCUUCAGGAGCAAGACACAACUUACACAGCAUGAGAGAAUUCAUACUGGAGUGAUUCUUUAUGAAUGUAAGACAUGUGGGAUGGUUUGUCCCUGCAACUCAGAACUUAUUCAACAUCAAAGAAUUCAUAAU